AUGGACGCGUUGUUCCGGUCCUCGCUGCUGGACACGCACGUGCGUGCGCCCGUAGCGCUCCCGGGACUCUGCUUCUCCGCGGCGCAGGUCGCGAGCGUGUGCGAGACUCUGGAGGACACGGGGGACGUGGAAAGGCUCGCGCGGUUCCUCUGGUCACUACCGGUCAGUGUUGAUUCCAUUUUCGAGCACGAGUCCGUGCAGCGGGCGCGUGCGGUGGUCGCCUUCCACGCGGGCAGUUUCAAAGAGCUGUACCACAUCCUGGAGACACAGCGCUUCACGCGCGCCUCUCACGCCAAACUGCAGGCCAUGUGGCUCGAGGCGCACUACCGCGAGGCGGAGCGGCUGCGCGGGAGGCCGCUGGGGCCCGUAGACAAGUACCGUGUGCGGAAGAAGUUCCCGCUGCCGCGGACCAUCUGGGACGGAGAGCAGAAGACGCACUGCUUUAAGGAGCGCACGCGCGGACUGCUGCGUGAGUGGUACCUGCAGGACCCCUACCCCAACCCCAGCAAGAAGCGCGAGCUGGCCCGCGCCACAGGCCUCACCCCCACGCAGGUGGGCAACUGGUUCAAGAACCGGAGGCAACGGGACCGAGCAGCGGCCGCCAAAAACAGGCUGCAGCUGCACAGACUGGGUCCUGGAGGGGAGCUGAGCGGAGGGGACAGUCCCAGAGACAGUGCGGGACAUGGGGACGAGGACACCCCUGUCUCCAUCACAGACAGUGACUCAGAGCUGGACGUGUGA